AUGCCAUCCGCAAGCGUACUAACCCCCUACCUCACCCGUCCGAACCGCACCCACACCUUAACACUCCUGACAUCCCUCCUCUCGAGCCCGAGCACCUGGCUCACGCACAGUCUUCUGACAAGGCACAUUGACGACGACCCCAACGCGCCGAUUCUUUUGCUAUCGCUGACGCAUGAGCGGGCAUUUCACAGCGAUGGGUUGCGGAAAUUGGUGCUGGCUACUUUCCUCCCCUUCCCCUCCCUCCGCUUGCUCCACUGCUAACCGGAGGGUGAAUGAAUGAGUGGUUGAAUGAAUAGGGAGUACCACUCCAGCACUUGGAUCGCAGCGGGAAAUACACCUUCCUGGGGAUCGCGGAUUUGCCGCUGAUGGGGGGCGGGGCGGUGUCGGAUGUUGUGCUGGGAGCUGUCGAGUCUGCGCGGGCCGCCGGGGAUGGGCGGGGAUUACUUGUCGUGAUUGAGAGUCCGGAUAUCCUGCUGCAGACUGGUGGCGGGAGUUAUUCUGGGGUUAUGGAUUUGGUGCUCCGUGUACUGGAGGUGGUUAUGCCCCGGCCUGCUUCCUACUACCUGCUUCCUCACCGCCUAACUUACCCGACUUGCCGGGUUGGUGUAGAUGUCGGAGCACACAAUCGUGUCCGUCAACGUUGACGAGGCGCUCAUGCGUGAUGAGGAACAUGCCGCGUUUGUUAUCGGGCUCGGACAUGUAGCGCGGAGGGUGUUCGGGUUACGCGGGCUGGAGACGGGCGUUGCGAGGGAUGUUAGUGGGGUGUUGCGCAUUACCACCGGCGGGGCGGAGGAGGGGGACGUUGAUGGAGGGAAGGAAGUCUUGUAUUUCGUCGGGGAUGGAGGGGGUGUGGAGGUUUUUGAGAGGGGAGAGGUGAGGGGGAGGUGA